UUUGAUGUUCUUCUUUAUUACAAUUAUCUUCAUCCGUUCAAAAGUAGAGAAAAUGUAAAUCAAUCAGCUUGAAGACGAAGACUGUAUGUAUCCAUAACCCAAAACAACACUUCAAAUUUCUUCCUCUCUUUCUCUUUUCUUCCCAAUUUUCUCCACAAUUCUUUGUUUCGUUGGACAGGAAUUUGCUGAUCAUUUCUGAUCCACCUUCACAUGGAAAAAUUGCCAACCGAAAUCUGCUUCAAGAUUUUCUGUUUCUUGGAUUCCCAGAACCUUGCAACCGCACUUCAAGUUUGCAGGAAGUGGAACUCCUUAGCUUCAGACAAUAUCUUGUGGUCAAAUUUAUUCAAGGAGAGGUGGGGAGAAGACCAUGCUGCAUUUUAUCACCCAAUUGGUUCAAAGUCAUGGAAGGAUUCAUAUGAGGUGCAAGAUCGAUGUGAUCGAUUUGGACUGGGCCUAAGAAUUAUCCGAGAAGGGAAUGACUACUAUCUCAUUCACCAAGGUGAAAUCCAGAGGCACCUAGGUUCAAGAAGACAAAAGAAUGGACAGACCAGUUUUCUUCCUUUGAGUUCGAAAAGAGAGUUCCUAUCAGAAGGACUUCUCGAAGAAGACAAAUCCUGUCGAGGAAUUCUGGACAGGAUCCUUUUCUUCAUUGGAGACUUGGAAGUUGCUUCCACAGAUGCAAAGCGUAGCAGGUCUCUGUGAAGCUUCCUUAAGUCAGCAAAAAUUAUGUGAAUUUUAUGUAUAAUAUUUAUAUUUGUUUACGUUGACAUUGAAUUGUGGCAAAUGUAGAAUAUACAUCUCAUGUUCUUUUGAAAUGCCAUAAAUAAAUUUAUCUUCUUCAUA